AAGGCGUGAGUGUGAGGGGGCCGAAAGGCCUGGGGCUCUCUUCACGCGGGAUCCACCCCCCGCACUAAAUCCCGCACACAGCGGGGAAGAAAGAGGGAAUUUCUGCUUCGGCGGUGCGAGUGCGCGGCUGGCUCGGGACGUGCAGCGAGUCAAGCAGAGAGCUCUACUCGAUGCGAGAGUUCAGACUGUCUAGAAAAGAGCACAACCAAAUCCGCUAUCUGUGCUUGAAGGACUUAAUCCCACUUCGCUACUAAUCUUUCGAUCAUCAGAAGUUUUUAGCAAGUUAGAACGAGGGUCGAGUUUUACGAACUCUGCCCUGCCGGAGGAAAUGCCAUACGCUGCGCGGCAGGCAGCUCUGCGCCUCGCUCCCAGUCGGAAGCGGUUUCCAGCGCCAAAUAGUUUCAGCCCUUAACAUACGCGACGGAGAUUCGAGUGCCAAAGGAGCUGGGCCACCCGAGCGGGCGGGCAGGGGCGGCUCGGAUGCUUUCAGAGGUGCUGGUGCCGCGGACGGACACGGAGCCCCCAGCCCGGCCCGCAGCCGCCUUGUCAUGCUGCCCAAAGUGGAGACGGAAGCCCUGGGACUCGCCCGGUCGAAUGGGGAACAGGGGCAGAUGCCGGAAAACAUGCAAGUGUCUCAGUUUAAAAUGGUGAAUUACUCUUAUGAUGAAGACCUUGAGGAACUGUGUCCAGUCUGUGGAGAUAAAGUGUCUGGGUACCAUUAUGGACUUCUCACCUGUGAAAGCUGCAAGGGAUUCUUUAAGCGAACAGUCCAGAAUAACAAAAGGUACACAUGUAUAGAAAAUCAGAAUUGCCAGAUUGACAAAACACAGAGAAAACGAUGCCCUUACUGUCGAUUUCAAAAAUGUCUAAGUGUUGGAAUGAAAUUAGAAGCUGUGCGAGCUGACCGAAUGCGCGGGGGUCGAAACAAGUUUGGACCAAUGUACAAGAGAGACCGGGCACUGAAGCAGCAGAAGAAAGCCCUUAUCCGAGCAAAUGGACUUAAACUAGAAGCCAUGACUCAGGUGAUCCAAGCAAUGCCCACUGACCUGACAAUAUCCUCUGCGAUCCAGAACAUCCAUUCUGCCUCCAAAGGCCUACCUCUGAACCACACUGCCUUGCCUCCUACAGACUAUGACAGAAGUCCCUUUGUAACCUCUCCAAUUAGCAUGACAAUGCCGCCCCAUGGCAGCUUGCAAGGUUACCAAACCUAUGGCCAUUUUCCAAGCCGUGCUAUCAAGUCCGAGUACCCUGACCCUUACACUAGCUCACCAGAGUCGAUAAUGGGCUACUCAUACAUGGAUAGUUAUCAAACAAGCUCACCAGCAAGUAUUCCGCAUCUGAUACUGGAACUCCUGAAAUGUGAGCCAGAUGAGCCACAAGUCCAAGCUAAGAUCAUGGCCUACCUGCAGCAAGAGCAAGCCAACAGAAGCAAGCACGAGAAGCUCAACACAUUUGGGCUUAUGUGCAAAAUGGCUGACCAAACCCUCUUCUCCAUUGUUGAGUGGGCUAGGAGUAGCAUCUUUUUUAGAGAGCUUAAGGUUGAUGACCAAAUGAAGUUGCUUCAGAACUGCUGGAGUGAACUCUUAAUUCUAGAUCACAUUUACCGGCAAGUGGUACAUGGAAAAGAAGGCUCUAUCCUUCUGGUUACCGGGCAACAAGUGGAUUAUUCAGUAAUAGCAUCUCAAGCUGGAGCCACCCUCAACAAUCUUAUGAGCCACGCACAAGAACUAGUAGCAAAGCUUCGUUCCCUGCAGUUUGACCUACGAGAAUUUGUAUGUCUCAAAUUCUUGGUGCUGUUUAGUUUAGAUGUCAAAAAUCUUGAGAACUUCCAGCUUGUGGAAGGUGUUCAGGAACAAGUGAAUGCUGCUCUGCUGGACUACACAAUGUGUAAUUACCCACAGCAAACAGACAAAUUUGGGCAGCUUCUCCUGCGACUACCAGAAAUCCGGGCCAUCAGUAUGCAGGCUGAAGAGUACCUCUACUACAAACACCUGAACGGGGAUGUUCCGUGUAAUAACCUUCUCAUUGAGAUGCUGCAUGCAAAGAGAGCAUAAAUUAUACCCAUUAGAGCUUCUGCUUUCAAGGAAAAAAAUAUACUCUGAACUGCUCCGAGCAACACUAAUUAAAAUGUGGUUUUAAGACUUUGCAAAAUGGUAUAAUAAUCAAAUACUAAUAGUAAAUAAGUGAUGUAUCAGGGUAUUUGUAUUGCAAACUGUGAAUCAUAUGCUACACACCCCCAAAGGAAUCUAUAUAGGACUUUAUACUGGCGUGAAGUGAACUUACCGAGUGGAUACUAUCACCAAUGUCGACAUGAAAAAGGACAGAAUGAUUCUUGUAUAUUUAACUCUGCUGAUUGCCAAUAUGAAGAAAUUUAGGAAAAAAACUGAUCCGUAUUAUUGAGCUGAGAUAGUGGGGAAUUUGCACUAAAUUCCUUCGUUGUAUAACAGGACUUUGCAAACAGUUCUAACAGAUGCAAAGCUGCAUCUCCAGCAUCCUCUGCCAUCCUUCCAAGGACCCAACGCUUACUUCUUCGGUGAUAAACCAUGUGGCAGCCGUUCAGCAACCUGCAGGAGAGAGCUGGAGUAGGCCACAUGCUAUAUAGUAUCGCCACCAAAUCAUACGAGACUGGUUUUGAAUGUCUGUCUCUCAGGCCUGCAAAUAAGUAAUAUGAAGAGUCUGUUAACAAGUUAGCUUGGCAUUCUUACUAUGUCCUGAAGUUUGUUUUGUCACGUGUUCAUGUUGUUCAGGCAGGCAGUAUCCCUCUUCUGCUACUGUCACAGGGUGGCAAUUAAAUAUCAAAGAUAAAUACUGCAAAAGAAAUUUGUCAGUUCAACCGCACGCUCGCCUAGUGCCGUGGCUAAAAUACAGCCCUGGUACAUCUUCACGGCUGUUUUUAAAUAAACCAUAUUAACAUAUUUUAGCCAUCAGAAAGGAUAGCUUCUGUCACAACAAAAAAAAUCAUCUUUUCUAGAGCUCCAAAUACUGAUAUAUAUUAAAAAAAAUAGAACCGAAAUUUGCUUAGUUAUGCAAGGAGAGACAAAACAACUGUAUGAGCUGAUGACACCACAGAGGGAGCUUAUUAAGAUUUUUAAAUUGCCAAUAACAAAGAAAGUACAUGUCCAUUCGAAAGUCCAAUGUAUAAAGAAACAUUCUUUUUUAAGUUAGGCAAUACAGAUCUUUUACACAAAGAGAGAAGAGUGAUACUGCCAUGUCUAUGUAGGCCAAAGUCUGCUGCAGAACAAAUAUUGGAGAAGAACAAACAAUUCUCUCUCUGUCCAAAUGAAGAUAUCAGUAUUAUAACAUGUAGUGCCACAGUUCUAAAAGUCUUGCCUUAUUUCAUUAUCCUUAAAGGUAGCUGUGCAGGUGUGGAUCAACAUUCAUUUAAAAUAAAGUAUUAAUCUCUAACAAUAAAGAAAACAUAGUGUUUACAUUCUUUAGGUCCUGUGGGGAAAAAACUGUGAUAAAAUUGCAAAGCAGUGAUUUCCUUAAUAUUGCUUUCAAGUUGGUAAUUAUUUUACCAGUACUUAAUUACUGUAUGUCGUGAGACACUAAAAUCAAACGGGGGAUUUCAUUUUGACUUUGAUUUUUGAGAUUAUCGGCUGCACAAUCACUUGUAGAAACUGUAUAAAAUCCUAAUUCUUUAAUUUUUUUUUUCAUGAAGAUUGCUGGCUUUUGAAUAGUUUAUUUAUAUUGUAUAUGAUAGUUUCCACUGUAGACAAUUAUGAUGCUAAUUUAUUGUUCUUUGGUUUCAUCUUUAUAUAAGAUAUAGCCAGAAUGAAGAAGCCAAAUAUAUGUGUUUACUGUAGCAUGUCUUCAAGUUAAUGGAACAUAGUUCAGGGACACACAAGGGUCUUUACCAUUGAAAUCGUUCGCUUGAUUAAAUGUCUGUAAAUCUUCAUAAUCCUAAAUGUAGUUUAUUUAAAUCUAUUGUAAAUUAUGUGAGUUGUAGCUUUUUCUGUUUCACGUGAACUUGAAAAGGUGCAUUCUCUUAAUUUUUUUCCGACCACGCAUACAUCGUAUACCAAAGACAUCGGUUAUUAACGUCAGCAUUAGUACAAAACGCAUCGCUUUAAUCGCCUGUAUUAAUCAGCUCUAAUAUUCUGCCCAGCGUAGGGUACCCACAGAGCAAAGCCGAGUGUCUACAGCGCGCGGCGGCGGGGCAGCGGUCCUCGGCCGCCAGCGAGGCAGAGCAGCGGGAGAGGCGACGGAUGGGGGCUGUGACACACACGCACACACGUAGGUAGCUGCGGGCACUCCUUCCCUUGCUAGACGAGAAACAAAACCUAUUUCAAGUGUUCAUACUCCGCAUUUUCUCUUAUUUCUGUUGAAAUGCUACAGUGAAUCUCACUGAAUAUUAAUAAAGACCGAAGUAAAACACGUUGCUAACUGAAUUCACAGCACCGUUAUCUAUACACAGGACAAAAGAAGUAAAAUAAGGAUGUAAAAGAAAAGCAAAAUUUUCCAUACGGCUUAAUGGAAACAGUUUCAGAUAAACUAACUUAUAUUUGCCCCUAUCUGUGGUUCCAAGAAUUCCACCAGAUUGCCCAAAGUUUGCGAACAAGAGCAAAAAAAAAAAACUCGUGUUAAUUGUUAACUACUUUGUAACCAGACAUUUACUUACGGCUGCCUUAUUGAUUACAGGACGUAUUAGUAAAAGCAGACUAAAACACAAAGGUUUUGGCUUUGGCUGGUUUAUUAGAGUUGUUCUGUGUUUGUAAACAGACAAUCUGUGAUGUCUGACUAUUUGUAUUCCAGAUGUUCUGCAGCUGCCUUGGAUUUAAAUCCAUGCGACUUAUAGAAUGUGCAGUGAGUUACUGGUGAAGUUGAAGUUCUCUUACUGUAUCGGUGAAAUACAUAUUGUCAUGUCAGUUCUUGCCAGGAGUUUCUCAUCACCAAUGGAAAUUUUUUUUUUUCAGUAUUUCAAUAAAUAUUGAUAUGCCCAUGCUGA